AUGUACAAUAAGGCAAAUGUAAGCAUGAGACAAGGGCCGUCGUCCAGUAGCCCCCCUGGGAUAGACUGGAGUCAGUGGUGGACUUAUGGUGGUAUCUCCGGGCCACGGUUCUGGGGGGUGAUCAACCCAGCGUGGGGUAUGUGCAGAGAAGGUCGUCGCCAGUCACCCAUAAACAUAGACCCCAAGACGCUUUUGUUCGACCCCAACCUCUCUCCCUUCACCCUCGACAAGGUCACGGGGGGCGGGGAGCUGCUCAAUACGGGCCAUAGCGUGGAGUGGAGAGCCGCCCACAACGCCCAAGCCAUCAACGUCACGGGCGGACCACUGAGCUACGCCUACACCAUCACACACGCCCGUCUGCAUUUUGGUGAGAGGGACCAACAAGGCUCUGAACACCUUCUAGACAACAAAGCCUUCCCUGCAGAGCUCCAGCUCUAUGGAUACAACUCUCAGCUCUACAGAAACUUCAGCCAGGCCUCAGCUCAAGUAUACGGUGUGGUGGGUAUCGCUUUGCUCAUCCAGAUCUGUUAUUACCCAUUUAGGGUUAGCCUAUUUUUUUGCCCCCUUUCCAACCUUUAUACUUUUCCAGCUAUCCUACCUUCUCACAACCCAACCUUCUACCCUCCCCAAGUCUCAUUCUACCCACCUGAAUAUUAUUUUCCUUCGUGUGUACAGAUGCGACAGCUGCGUGCCCUAAGACAAGGUAAUUCCACACUGGCCAACGCACCACUCUCCAACAACUUCAGACCCGUGCAAACUGCCCACCACCGCACCAUACGGACUAAUAUUAACUUCACCAACAAACAGUCUAUGUUGUUGCUACGUAUGCUAGUCUUUUCAGACAAGACGAGGUACGACAGAAGUGAUAUGUUUUACAAGAUCAGGGAUGAAUCUCAAACAGAAGAUCAAAGAAUAUUUUUACCCAAUGCAGAAGUUUGUCACCGACGAGCCUUUGAUCCUGCUCAAACGCAUGUAGAAAUGCGACCAGUAGAAAUGCGACCAGUAGAAAUGCGACCAGUAGAAAUGCGACCAGUAGAAAUGCGACCAGUAGAAAUGCGUCCAGUAGAAAUGCGUCCAGUAGAAAUGGCGUCCAGUAAAGUUCAUGGACACGCAUUCUAUGUAGAGGAAGUGUAA